AUGGCUCGAUCUCUCUUUGGCGCAGCCGUGACGGCACUGCUGCUGGCGCCGGCUGCCGGCGAGUCGGUGCUGGGCAUCUACGUAUUCCACCGGCACGGCGACCGGACGACCAAGUCGUGGCCGCCGACGGCACUGACGGCCCUGGGCGCCGACCAGCUCUACCUCUCGGGCGACUACUUCCGCGAUCGGUACGUGAGCAGCAACGCAACCAGUCCCGUGGUGACGAUCUCGUCGGACCUCGUCAAGCUGUCGCAGAUCAGCGUGACGUCGCCGGCCGACAACGUGCUGCAGGCAUCGGCAGGCUUCUUCGCCCAGGCGCUCUUCCCGGCCGCCGGCUCGUCGUCCCAGCAGACGCUCGCCAACGGCACCGUGACCGAGAACCCGCUCGGCGGCUACCAGUUCGUGCCCGUCAACACCGUGGCCACGGCCGCCUCCAGCACCGGCAGCGAGGACAACGGCUGGCUCCAGGGCAGCAGCGGCUGCGGCAAUGCCGUCGUCAGCAGCAACAACUACUUCUACAGCCAGGACUACCUCGAGACGCUCAACAGCACCGCCGCCUUCUACCAGGACCUGCUGCCGGCUAUCAACGGCACGUUUACGGCGCAAAAGGCUACGUUCAAGAAUGCCUACACGAUCUUUGACUACAUCCACGUUUCAGAGAUCCACAACGCCACCAUCUCGAGCUCUGACGUCCUCACCGACGACGUCCUCGCCCAGGUUUACACCCGCGCCAACCAGCACGAAUGGGGCCUCGCCUACAACGCCAGCGAGCCCAUCCGUGCCAUCUCCGGCGCCGUGCUGGCUGCCCAGGCUCUCAGCGCCCUCAAUACCACCGUGCUGGCCAAGCCGACCGCCUCGUCCGUCUCGCGCCUCAACUUCCAGUUCGGCGCCUACGGCACCUUUAUGAGCCUCUUUGGCCUUAUGGACAUGCCGGCCGCCAGCCCGCUCUUCUACGGCAUCGUCGACUACGCGUCUGCCGCUGUCUUUGAGAUCGUCACCAACGCUUCCGUCACCGAUGCUGCCGCCAUCGAUCCCAGUGAGAUUUCCGUGCGCUUCCUCGUCGCCAACGGCUCUGCGCCUCUCGUCGGUGGCCUGACCGCCUACCCCAUGUUUGGCACCGAGGACGAGCUGAUGCCGUGGGCCAACUUCUCCGCCGCCAUGGCUAACAUUGCCGUCGGUGACACCACCACGUGGUGCCAAGUCUGCGGCAACACCACCGGCAUCUGCAGCCCCAUACUCCUCGGCACCGCCUCCGACUCGGACAACAGCUCCAGCGCCAGCAGCUCCAGCUCCAGCGCCAGCAGCUCCAGCUCCAGCCACCACCACCACGCCGUCUCCCGGCCCGUCGCCGGCGUCAUCGGCGCCGUCGUCACCCUGGCCGUCGUCUUCUGUUUCGAGGCUCUCGUCAUGGCCGUUGCCGGUCUGCGCCUCGUCAAGAAGGGCGCCGCCGUACCCAAGGCAAAUUAG